AUGAACUGCGAAGAAAUUCUUGCACAUAAUCUAGAAUCUAUCACAGCAUUGAGUAAUGAAGAUUUGAUUUUGUUGUUCAAAGCUCUGGGAAAGCAUAUUCCUGAAAUUGAUGCCCGCAUUACGCUAUUAAGAAACUUAAUGCGACAAAAUCGAAAUAGCAGGACACGUUAUAAAAGACAGAUCAAAAGGUUGAAUGAAAAAGCCGAUUGUCUGUCGAUGAUCCGAACACAUCUAGACGCUGUCGGAGACGCACGGGCAGUCGAUGAUAAUCAACUUCAACAAAUGAAUUCUAAACUCAAAAAUGCAUCUAUAUUAAAAGAAUUUCCAUUUUAUAAUUUCAAACCGACAUUAUAUACUGAUAAUAGAUUUGAAUUAAUAAAAUCAAUUAAUAAUUUUAAUCAAAUUAGUAAUCAAGUUAAUUUACUUGAAGUUUUUCAUCAAUUUUCAAAUUCUUCAUUUUUUAAUGAAAAACAAUCUAAUAUUUUACAAGAUUUAUUAACCAAUGCUGAUCAAUUAGAUAUAAUUAACAAUUUUCUUUUUCUUUUUCUACACAAUCUAAGUUUAAUGGAUAUCGACAAGGAUGAUUUUGGUAUUCUAACAAAACAGACCGAGAAGAUAGAACAUGUACUUGUUCAAAAUCCACGAUCUUCUCUAUAUAACAUUACAUUCAAUUUUUCUAUUGCUAUUGAGAAAAUCAAAAUAAAUCACUCCAUAACCCCGGAUAAGUCCGCUGAUUUAGAUAGAAUAUCUCAAUCGGACAAUCUAUAUGACUUACUAAAUUUCCAUUCUUCAACAUCUCAUGAACAGAAAAACGUUAUAUAUACAAUUGAACAACAAAUAGAUGCUUUUAAUACAUUAAAUGAUCCACUAUUAGUCGAAGAAAUAUUUAGUAAACUAAAAAAUUAUGGAGAGAUCAAUAGUUGGUCCCAAAAUAAGAAAAUAAUAGAAUUUGUUAGAUGGACGACAGAGAAUCUCGAACGUUUGGAAUAUAAAACUAAAGAACAUGUUUUUUGUAUUGUAAAAAAUAUUUUACAAAAAAUAAUAAUUAGUGAUCUUAGUAAUGCCCUUCAGUUUUUAAGGAUAGUUCUUGAUUAUAAACGAACAAAAUUAGAAAUUGAAAAACAAGAAAAAGAAAUCGAAUCAACGAAAUUAAAUAAAGAAACUUUCUUGGAAAAUAUUCGAUCUUGUCUUGACAAAAUUAGAACUUUACUUGAAUUUAUUAAUCUUACAAAAUCUGACGAUCUUCUAGGUGUAUCAGAAAAUGAGUUAGAUGAAUUAAAAGUCACUUGUGAAAACGUAUUAAGAACUUUAUCGAAUCAAACUGAAAUGCAAAAAAUCGAUCGCAUUUUAAUUGCUUUAGAGCAUCAACGUUAG